CUCUCCUCGAUGCGAUCAUAAUCUCACAGCCCCUUACUUCGUCAAUAUUAUUACCCAAACGCAAAAUCCUCGUUCUCUAUCGCCGCGGUAUAGCGUUAUGUCAAGCGAGCAUCAUGACCGAUAGUGGCCAGAUUGUCCCCAAAAAGCCAAGAGCUUGCUUAGUUUGCCACCAGCGCAAAGUCCGGUGCAAUGCAGACCAGGUCGGCCUCCCUUGUUCUACAUGUGUGAGGAGCAAACUUGAAGAUCGAUGCCGAUAUCCCCAAAAGUCCAGGAGUCUUCAAAGUAAGCGGAAAUGGAGCGAGCUAGACCCGGCAGGUUCCACAAGGAGUGGAAUCAACCAUGCCGGUGUGAGUCGUGAUGAGAAUGAGAAUGCCCACGUCGUUCCCAGUCGACAAGGUCCAAACACGAUCUCGCACGAAGCGAGCGGAACGGGUCAAAGGCCAGCCCAGAAGGAAGCCACUUCCACGACUGCACAGAGUGUCUUCCGCUCAGUGCCAGACAACGCAACCCCUGCAUCUGUAAGCAGUCCCGACACUACUCGGUCGCAGUCGGUCAGAGACGUCGACGCCGAGCUCGAGAUAUGUCGGCAACUGUCUCGAUGGCGUACCGACAGUUUCACCAGCACACGGGUGGGAGACCGAGACAAAGGUCGCGAAAUCAUUGAAUAUCACGAUGGGAUAUAUUCAACGACCAUCUUAGGUGAAGUCUUUGGACAAAAAAAGCCACGUCGACUUGUGCGACUUAUUCUCUCCGAGGCAAAGCCCGGUGAAGUCUCGGAGAGUUGCCAUUUGAGCGAGGCUGAGCUCACUUACUUACGAAGUCAAAAGGCGUUCGAUCUACCCUGUCGCGCCACCUGUGACAAAAUUCUGCGAGUCUUUUUCGAAUGCGUACACGCCUACGCCCCUGUGAUGGACCGAGUACAGUUUAUGCGUAACUAUACUAAUGGUUCGUGCUCAAUCGUCCUCAUGCAGGCUGUGAUGGCAAAUGCUAUGCCCUUUAUCUCAAAUGACCUGAUUGUUGAGAUGGGCUUUUCGACUCGAGCGGAAGCUCAGCGGACCUUUCUUACACGGGCCCAACUCCUCUAUGACUUCGACACUGAGAGAUCACCUCUGUACCUACUGCAGAGCUGUUUCUUCCUCAGCUCGCUACAUACAGUCAGGCGCACGAAUAAGGAUUACCGCUUUUGGUUCGGUAAUGCUGUUCGAAUAGCCUUCCAGAUGGGUCUCCAUCGAAAAGUCAUUCUGCGAGACUUGGACACUUCGACUCAGAAACUUUUCAGGCGAAUGUGGUCUGUUAUUCGCAACCGUGACACGCUCUUAACAAUUGCGGGCCACAGUAAUGUGCGAUUGAUUAAUGACGACGAUAGUGAUAUGCCCGACGUUGGGGAGGAUGACUGGGAGGAAGAGAGGGAUUGCGAGGCUUUCCGCAACGUGUUACCACCGGUGACGCGCCUUCAGAGACUCUACCAUGUGGAAAACACCAAAUUAUCCCACAUAAGUGCGGACUUUUGCCGUAUGUUUCGAAACAACGAACAUCCUCCCUCGAUACCAAGGUGCCAAGAAUUCGAGCAAUCAAUUGCAGAAUGGCAGAAGGGCUUGCCUCUGGAACUGCAUUCUGAAAGUGUGCGCAGUUGGUCCGUGGAGAAUGUCUGGAUCCUGGUGCUGCGGGCGUUGGCUUGCCGACUCGAGUGCGUCUUCUAUCGGACAAUACGACAGCUCAACCGAACUUGGAAAAAGGAGUGCCUGCUUGCUUCAAAGCAAAAGCAAGAAAUAGCAAUGUUUGAAUUAGAUUCCACCAUUGAUCGUUUGGUCAUACACAACCUGGUUGGCUAUUGUCAUUCGUUCAUAUACAUGUGCAUUUGUACAAUCACAGCCAUGCAUAUCGAGAAUGCACUGCACACUGCAACUUCGCCUCAAGAUAAGCUUGCCGCUCGACUCCGCAUCCACAAGAACUUGACGUGCCUCCGAAGCAAUUCUGAGCCGUGGACCUGGCUCGAAUUCAUGAUUCGAAUGCUUGAAGUCAUCAUCCGGCGGACGGGUCUGUCCCUUGACAGUGUGGAGAACGCGGACUUCGACAUCGCCUCAAUGAAUCCUUUCCCUGAACGGGUCGAGCGGCAUGAAUCAGAACAGCGGCCAGACCCUCGAGAACGUGACAGCUCUGCCCGGCCCGAGGGGAACGCAGAUGCCGAUGGAUUGACUGUUGAUGGCAUCGAUCUCGACAUGUUCGAUGGGAUGAUGACUCCUGUGCUUGAUCCUUUCGAUCUGGGACACAAUCCAGAGGCAUGGGUGCAAGAGUUUUUAGAAGCAGGAAUCACAGGGUUUGAGGAGAUGCAACAGUUUAUGGGUGAAGCUUGAAACCAUGCAGAAGUUGGUUCUAUAUACACAGCCACUGGGCAUUUUAUAGAAGUUGUCUUGCCAGCAUCUCUUAAACGAUGA